ACUAUUCAGUCAAAUUUAAAGGUGUUUUAAAUGCCGCAGUGGAAAAAUGAUAGAUGCGGAAGUGUAAUGCGGGUUGCUCGAAAUUUUUAAGUAGGUCGUUUGUUCAAAUAUGUCAAAAGGUUAUGGAUUGGAUUAUGAGGAUUUAAUAAAUCGAACUGAGGAUUAAAGAACGUAAGGAAUAUAACAUCCAAGAAAAAAUGGCAAGUAAUGUUCCAGAUUUUAGUUACUGCUGUGAAAUAUGCGGCUUGGAAGGGCUCGCAGAGGACGAAUUUAGGAUACAUACUCAUACGGCUCACGUUGAUGGCAAUGCCGUAUGCCCCUUCUGCGAGCUAUCUGCUGUGUCCCCUGCUGAACUAAUUCUCCAUGUAAAUCAAGCCCACUUGGACUUCCUGACACCCGAAUCUGAACAAAAUAUCAGUUUUAUUGAUGAACCUAGUCCUAGCGAAUCCAACGGGAUAAAUGGUGAAAACAACCAUUGGAACUUUCCGUCAUAUUCUAGCAAUAACAGAAAUAGUCCAGAAGAAGUCAAAAGUAAUAUAAAUAUUAACUUGAAUCCAAAGAUAAAUGGAGGAGGGGAGCUAAGUCCAAGUAAAUCCAGCCACGGACAAGGUUCGCCUCUGCGUUCCAAUUUAGAUUUGAAAUUGAGAAGUUCAGCUUCUAGGCUUCAGUGCCCCAUGUGCAAUUAUACUAGUCUCAGUCCCAAUGAGCUGGAGGAACAUGUUAACAGGAGCCAUUUUGAUUUGACGUCUCCGUCAGUUGGAAACAUGACGAGCGAAGUUUAUGUUUGCCCCUUAUGCGUUGGGAGUUUCAAAUCUGCACCAGAUUUGGAAUUGCAUGUGAAUAUCGAACAUCGCGAUAUACUGUCUCCAGCCAGCCCAGCGAGUCACACUUGUCCUGUGUGUGGAAUUGUUCUAGAAUAUGACGUUAAUAGUGAACGAGCUGCUCAACACGUUGAAUCUCAUUUUCCUGCUGGUUCGCCCCAGCCUGCCGAAAAGGCUGCGAUUCGCGAAAGGGAACAGAGAGAAUUCGAACUGCUGAGGGCGCAGUACGGCAUGGAUAACCAAGGCAACUUCAAAGAGCAGUCCGUAACCAACAUGCAAAGGGCUGUUUACGCCGGAGAAAUGAGUGUGGCCGACUACUACGAACGGACAUUGGAUUUGAGGGCCGCUGAAAGUUACGGAGUCGACGACGGAAGUUCAAUCACGAGAAGUAUUGUUCCCAGAGUGAGAGCGAUGAGCAACAAUGCCACUAACGUGGUUAGAACUCUGCUGUGUACUUGCGUCGAUCACUACGCGUCUUCUUAUGGCGACAGAGGUUGGGGUUGCGGGUACAAGAAUACUCAAAUGCUCAUUUCUAGUUUGCUGACUCAUACCGGUUACAACGAGAGGAUUUAUAAGCUGUGGCAAGGUCGAAAACCGCCGCGGAGUUCGGUUCCUAGUAUAUCCAGGAUCCAGGGGGUUAUCGAACAGGCGUGGGCGCAAGGAUUCGAUAUUCAGGGAUCUGAACAGUUAGGAUGCAGGCUAGUCAAUACGAGAAAAUGGAUAGGAGCCACAGAAGUGGUGACUCUCUUCUCGUAUCUUCGAGUGAAGUGUCAGCUCAUUGAUUUUCACAAACCGACCGGACCUUCUGGAACUCACCCUGAAUUGUUCAACUGGGUGUUGAAAUAUUUCGAAAAUUCGGUGGGAGGCGAAUUUACCCCGCCAUUAUAUUUGCAACAUCAAGGUCAUAGUCGAACCAUAAUGGGUAUAGAAGUCCACAGAGAUGGUAGUUUGAUCCUGUUGGUUCUCGACCCGAGUCAUUCUCCUCAGCAAAUGGCUCAGUUUGGAGACACGACUAGCACGAACGCAGCUCUGAGACUUCUCAGGAAGAGCGAGUCUGCAAUGAAAGCAAGGCAGUAUCAAAUAGUCGCUGUUGUGGGAACCAUAGAUAGCGAGCAACAAUAUCAACAAAGCAAAAUCCUCCGCGGCCUCCGAAUCCCCCAAGAUCGGUGAGGGCGGUACCAGACGCCUAGGAAAUUAAAAUCGAGUAUAGUUUAUUCAAGUUUUAUUCACCUAAUUCACCACCUUUGUGCUGGUCAUGAUACCUCAACGUACACACGAAAACAUUUGAAAAGAGUCGAGCGUGCGGCGCGGCGCCCUACAGUCAAUCGAUUGUAUCCUAACGCUUCACUACAAGUUGCUCGUUCGUUACGUCCUCGCCUGAAAGUAAACCGCAGAAUACGAGUAGCUGGUUGAAUCUGCUUAGCAUUAGCCCGAUUACGCUUCCCACGUUUGAGAGUUCGGGGACGAAUAUAUUCAAAAGAGAAGUACUUUGUACUAGUUGUUUUAAUUUAUUGAAUAAAUCAUUUAAAUCUC